AGGCAUUUCUGGUGGCAACAGAAACUGCCACUGAUUUGAGGCAGCUGUAACCGGUAUAUAUCUCAUUUAAUAAAUUACAAACAGCUGUGGUUACUCUCAGAGAGUGUGCUGCCUUCAAACAGUUUGGCAUCAAAGUCAGCUGCCCUCAAACAGUUUGGCAUCAAAGUCAGCUGCCCUCAAACAGUGUGGCAUCAAAGGCAGCUACCUUGAAACAGUGCGGCAUCAGAGGCCGCUGCCUUUACUUAUCAGUGGCAGUUUCUGUUGACACCGGAAGUGCCUCUACGAGCUACCGUUGCCACGAUUUCAGCUUGCCCUUAUUGACAAUGUCUUCAUCGGUGGCAAAAGAAGAAAGAAAGAAGAGGCGCACUCUGGUAUUGAGGCCAUCUUCACGAACAGUAAAUGUAUUCGCGUCGGGAAUGUAUGGAGUCAACCAAGGUACCAGACACACCAGCAGCGUGCUGGGUUCGUCCAGCAGGAGAAGUUUCAGUCUUGGCCGCGGAAGCAACGUUCUAGAGAAGAGCGCAACCCACACUCCGAGACAAGAUGCUCGGGUGUUGGAUGAAGAGGACAAUGAUGUCACUCCUCAGCCGCUGUACCAGUCUGAUCCUGUAGCAGUACAGGUCAAAGGCAGCAGGUUCUUUGUGGAGGAAAUCUCUGCUGGAUCAGCAUCAGACCAGAUAACAGCCACAGGCAGCUUCACCAGGCUCUUCUCCAGGUCACUAUUAGGAAGUAGCAGGAUAUCCAGCCAGUCUACAAUAGACUCCAUGACUGAGGAUAUUGAGGAAUCAUUUUCCAAACGAGACAUGCCUGUCAACUUCCCAGAUGUGAAAGGGAAGAGAGACACUGCGAAAGAAUUGGUGACAGAAGAAAUGUUGAAAGAAGUCAUAGACGUCUACAUUUCUGAGACAGACAACAUUUCACUGCUGGACAUACCCUCCUCUGUUGUGUCAGUGGAUGCUGAUGAUGCAGAAGCUAUCAUAGAGAGAAACACUCAGUAUGCUGAAGUUUGCAGAAACAGAAUGGGCAAGGACAUGGAGCGAUCAAUGCAGACACUGAAUGGAUCAGUGAAACACAAACAUGUCCAGAUCGAUGGCAUGGCAAUGGUGGACACAGGUUAG